AUGAGCUGGCAGGACAUUCAGUUGCACACCUUCACCGCUUGGAUCAAUGACUACCUCAAGGACAGGGGUAUGCACAUCAAUGAUCUCAAGACCGAUCUGAAGGAUGGCGUGGCUCUCCUCAACCUGCUCGAGAUCAUCAGCGGCAAGCCCAUCGGCAAGAGGUGGAACAAGAACCCUCGCGUCCCCAACCAGAAGUACGAGAACAACCAGAUCGCCAUCGAGUUCGUGCAGGCCGAAGGCCUCAAGCUCGUCAAUAUCGGCGGAGUGGACAUCACGGACGGCAACCUCAGGAUCACCCUUGGCCUCAUUUGGACCCUCAUUCUGAGGUACCAGGUCAACCGCGGCGGCUCGGGCGACGAAAACGCCAAGAGCGAGCUCCUCAAGUGGGUGCAGUCCAAGAUUCCCGAGUACAACGUCACCGGCUUCAAGAAGGACGCUGUUGCGCCCGGCUCUUUCCCCCACCACGCCGCGCUCGAUUCGAGCAAGGCCAUCGACAACUGCGACCAGGGUAUCAACACCGCCAACGACGUGCUGGGCAUUCCCAAGCUGCUCACGCCCGAGGCCCUGUCCAACCCGCGCAUCGACGAGCAGUCGGUGAUCACCUACAUCUCCUACUUCCGCAACGCCGAUCUCGAGGGCAAGAACAGAGCCGACGAGCUCUCCAGGCAGGCCGCCAAGUGCCGCGCCUACGGUCCCGGUCUUGUGGAGGCCGUGGCCGGCGAGCCCGCCGACUUCGUGGUCGACACCCCCACCCAGGACGGUAAGCUGGAGAUCAAGGUCGAGGGACCCGCUGGCGCCAGCAACGUCCCCGUCCAGGUCAACAAGAAGCAGGGUCCCGGCGGCGCAGCCACCUACGACGUCUCCUACAACCCCACCACCCCUGGUCUCUACAAGGUGCACGUCACCUACAACGGCAUCCACAUUCCCGGCAGCGUCUUCACCGUCCGUAUCCUCGAGGCCAUCUCGCUUGGUGGUGAGGGCAAGAUCCGCGUGUUCUACUCGACCACCUCGUCCACCGAGAAGGGCAGGAGGGACGUCUUCGACCUCCAGCGCCUCCUCGAGGCCAAGAAGGUCCACCUGAGGCCCGACUUCGAGCCCUGGAUCGCCGUCGACAUCAUGGAGAAGGACGACAGGGACGCCGUCUUCAAGAAGGCCGGCACCAGGAACCUCCCCAUCGUCUUCAUCGACGACAAGUACGUCGGCGACUUUGACACCGUGGCCACGCUCGAGGAGAACGGCAAGCUCAACUCCCUCCUCAAGUUCAACGAGCGCGCCUAA